UGAUUCUGUGUGUGUCCCCAGCAGCCGCCGAGCCCAUCCAGCCAUCGGCAGAACUUGGCCAACACAGUGGAUUACACAUUAUAUAGCUUAAGCCCACAAAAAAUUAAAAAAAGAAGCAUAAACUGUCAAGUGAAUCGAACAAAUCGAACAAAAACUGCAAGCCAAAAAAUUGCAAAAGAUAAAAAGUGCGCGAAAUGUUGAGCUACGUUUGAAAGUUUCCCAAUAUCUGAGAUCUAAAAACGAAAAGGAUCUUAUAACUCUGUGCUAAAAGUAUCUCAAAGAUACACGAAAUCCGUGGCUAGUGCUCACACAGAAUCACACGAAUCUACACGAAGAGAGUUCUGUGCCAAAAUAAAUCGUUCUGUUACUUGAGUGAGAAAGUUACAACCACAAGAUGACAAGGAGACGUUCGAGUCCACCGGGACUCGAGGAGCUGCUGUAUCUGGCGCUCGUCCUGCUGGCCAUGGCCCUGAUACCCACACAAGCCGCCCCGGUUCAGGAGUACACGGAGAUCCAACAGUAUUCAGAGGGCUGCUACUACAACUAUGCACACUACCAGGAGGGCGACCGCAUCAUGACCAAUGAGCCGUGCCUGAACUGCACCUGCCACAAUCGCAUGCUGAUGUGUUACCUGCGCGUUUGCCCCUUCACCAAGCCCAUUGGCCACGACUGCAUCGUGGAGAAGCGGGAGGAUCAGUGCUGUCCCAUCAUCACCUGCCCAGAAGUGCCCGUGGAUGUGCCCUAUCAUUCCCCGGAGCCAGGCACUGAGCUGACCAUUCCCGAGAAGUUUGGCUGCAGCAUCGAGGAGAAGUUCUACCCGGAGGGCGCUCAGGUGCCAUCGAACCCCAAUAAGCCUUGCGAACUGUGCUAUUGCAUUAACAACCAGACCAAGUGCGUCAUGCAGGAGUGCACCCUCCACGUGGACGGCUGCCUGCCCAUCUACAACAAGGGAUCCUGCUGUCCGGUUCGCUAUAGUUGUGACCACGAGAACGAACUGGACUUUGUGGAUCAAUCGACCACCACUACGACCACCACUGAGCGUCCCACCACUGGCUUCAUCCUGCCCAGCACUAUGGUGCCGCCAGUGUCCACUGACUGCGUCCACGAUGGUGAGAUCUAUGCCGAUGGAGCCUCCCUGCAGGGCAAGAAUGCCUGCGAGCACUGCUACUGUAUGCGUGGUGACAUCGUUUGUGCCGUCCAGGAGUGCGAGGUGCCCAUGAUGGCGGCCAAUGGAAAGUCCUGCAAGGCUAUGCCCGCGGCCGAGGGUCAGUGUUGCCCGAACAAUUACAUCUGCGAGGACGAUAGUGCCACCACUGAAAUUGUAGAGAUCAACACUGAGAUGAGUGCGUCAACGGAACCCACCAAGGGCAUUCAUGCUUCGAUUCCCAAGGAGGAUGUGGAUCUGCAGGAACACAUCGAUGACGAAGAGAAGGAUAAGGAUACGGUUACCGAUAUUCCCACAGCUGAGGGCAGUGGCGAGGUUGAGGAUGAAGAGGAAGAGAAGGAGAAGGAGAAGGCCACCACAAUUACUCCAGUGCAUGUCACGGACGAGAAGGACUUCUCCUUCGAGCCCGAGUCCUCCACGGCCGGUAUUGCCUCCGAUUCUAGAAUCGAUGUGCCAUCCUCCACCGAGGAUACAAAGGAAUCAUCCACCGAAUCCGCCGAGGAGGAGGAGACUAUCAAGGUCAUCACCACGCCACAUCCCCAGGGAAGCGGCGAAGAGGAUGUGUCCAAGACUCCGGAGAAGGAUAUUACCGAAGAUGAACUUAUCACGGUCAGCACCUCUGCUCCUGCCAAGGCCACGCCCGAAGAUUCCAGCACCUCUACUCCCACCGAAGAGGAGGAGAAGGAGGAGGACAUUAAGACCACGCCAUCUGGAGAAGUCAGCGGCGAUGAGGAGGAGGGCAAGCCUACGCCUGCUGAGGAAGGAAGCGGUGAAGGGGAGGAAGAUGUCAAGCCUACACCAGCUCCAGAGGCCUCUCAGGAUGAAGAUGCAGCCAAACCCACUUCUGCUACAGUGGCAAGCGAUGAGAAGGAUGUGGAGUCCAAGCCCACAUCUGCUCCAGAGGGAAGCGGUGACGAGGAGAAGGAAGUCAAGCCCACAACUGCUCCUGCGCCUAUGGACGAAGAGGAAGGCAAGCCCACUCCAGCUCCCGAGAAAAGCGAGAAGGGAGAGGAGCCCAAGACCACUAAGGCUCCAUCAGCCAUUGAUGAGGAUGAACAAGCUAAGCCCACGGAAUCUGCAGAGGAAGCAAGCGGCGAGGGCGAGGAGGAGAUCGUCAAGGGAACUACUCCCUCCGGAGAAGCCAGCAGCGACGCCGAAGAGGAAACUGUCAAGGAAACUACUCCCGCAGGUGAGGUUAGCAGCGACGCCGAGGAAGAGACCACCAAGGAAACCACUUCCGCCGGAGAAACCAGCAGCGAAGCCGAGGAAGAGACCACCAAGGAAACCACUCCCGCCGGAGAAGCCAGCAGCGAAGCCGAGGAAGAGAUCGUCAAGGGCACCACUCCCGCUGGAGAAACCAGCAGCGAAGCCGAGGAAGAAAUCAUUAAGGGAACCACUCCCGCCGGAGCAGCCAGCAGCGAAGCCGAUGAGGAGGUUGUUAAGACCACCACUUCAGCACCCAAAUUGGAGACCGGAGCUGAAAAGGAGCCUGAUACUGCAACGGAUACUCCUGCUGGUGAAGUCGAGGACAUGGCUAAGCCCACAACUCCAGCUGCCGGCGCCUCCGAUGACGAAGAAAUUGUUAAGGGUACCACUCCUGCAGACAAAACAUCCGACGAUGAAGAAGUGGCCGGAACAACAGCUCCCACUACGGAUGUCAGUGGUGAAGAUGAGAUCAUUAAGAGCAGCACUCCAAAAACCUUGGGAGAACAGCCCGCUGUUGCCGAGGAAUCUACCGAGCUGCCCGAGGAAGCUGUGGAGAGUUCAACAAGUGCCCCAGCUAUUGCAUCCUCCACCCAGGGCGCUCAGGAGGAUGAGAUCGAAAGUUCCACCAGCGCACCCGCACGAGCUGGCGACAAGGAAGAGGCCGGCUCCACAGAACCCACUCCCGAUGAUGAGAUUGAACAGGAUGCCACGGAUCUGCCAGUUGACGAUGCUGUCAAGAGCACGACUGCCAAGAUCACAACGACGGAAAAGACUGAUGCGGAGUCCUCCACCGAAUCCGAGGAAGCUGAAGGCGAGACUGCCACCAGCACCCCAGUCGAUAAGCAGGAGCAGGAGCCAGAAGUUAAGCCUGUCGAUAAGGAGGAUGAGCAGACUAGCACCGAAGCGCCGGCCAAAUCCGACAUGGCACCAGCUUUUAUCCAGCCCGAACCCACGACUACUCAGCCUGAGCAAGAGGAGGAAGUGUCCACAGAUAAGCCAUCCUCGGUUUACCUGCCACCCGCCGGAGAAAAGGAUACUGCUGAGACCGACGAGGCUGCCACGGAACCUUCUGCCCAAGAGGAGACAGCCAAGCCAGUGGAGACUACGCCAGCGCCCCAGGAUAUUUCAUCCAGCACUGCUGCAGUCGACACCCGCCACGACUUUGCAACGGAGAAGGCCACCGAGCAACCCAGUACCGAGGAUCAAAGCAUCGCCUCCGAGGCCAUGCCAGCCAUGGAUCUGCCCGCUGCCAUUCCUGGAGAAGGCGAUUGCCUGGUGGAGGGCAAGACCUAUGCCAACAACAGUAUUGUUCCCGCCACCGCUCCCUGCGACGUGUCCUGCCGAUGUGUCAGCAGCCUGGUUGCCUGCCAACAGAUGGAGUGCAAGCUGCCCGAGGACCGCGAAAAGUGUGUCCUGGCUGCCGAUCUUCUGGAUGGCUGCUGUCCCACUUACAUCUGCGAUGAGAGCACUGAGAGCGCUGAGAAGGAGCAGGACUCCACGGCCAAGCCCGACGACAAGAUCGACGAGGAUGUCUCCGAGAUCAGCACUGAGGAGAUUCCUAAGGAUGUCAUCAUGCCAACUGGUAUUACUGAGCAGCCUCUUUCUCAUUUCAAGCCCGAUGAAGAGAGCCCUGCCGUGACCACUGAAGCAUCUACGACUGCCGCCAAGGUUGAUAAGAAGCCAAUUGAGGAGUCCGAUGAGGAGAAGAAACCAAUUGAGGAGUCCGACGAGGAGAAGAAACCAAUCGAGGAGUCCGAUGAGGAGAAGAAGCCAAUCGAGGAGUCCGAUGAGGAGAAAGAGAAGGAUCAAUCUACUCCGGCUGUCACGGCUGUUCCCGAGAUCGAAAUCGAGACCCAGAAACCGAGCGGAGAGGAAUCCAAGCCAGAGGACGAGAAGAAGGCAGAAGAUGAAAUCACUUCUGAAGAACCAAGUACCAAGAAACCAGUUGAAGAAGAGGCUUCCACACCCGGACAGGUCUCCGAAGAUGCUGAAAAGGAUACCACAGCUGCUCCUAUUCCAAGUGAAACAACUGGAGAAGAGAAGCCCACUGAAGAAGAGCCUGAGGAUAAGAUUCCUUCCGUCACCGCCAAGCCCGAGGAUGAGACUCCUGCCGUCACCGCUACACCCGAGAAGGAGACUCCCGAGUCCUCGACUGUACUGCCAACAACUGACAUUGAUGCCAAACCAGAAGAGGAGGAACCUACUUCAGUCACCGACAAAAUGCCCGUCAUUCCGGCCCGUUCCCCACCUGCCGAUCAUAUUGACGAAAUCACAACUGCUGCUCCCGCCAAGGAUUCCGAUGAGAAGGAACCGUCCGAUGAGGAGGAAAUCGUUCCUGUCACCUCUGUGCCCAUUGAAGGCGAGGAAGAAAUUAGCACCGAGAAGCCUGCCGUGCAUGGUCCCAUUGUACCAUUGCCCACUCUUGCACCCACUCAGCUGCCUGAGGAAGAAAGCUCCACUGAAGUGGCCACUGAGCCGAGCGUUGCAGCUGAAAAGGAUACAUCUGCUGAAACAGCCACACCCGCUGUGUCUGACAAUGAGAUUGAAGAAGAUGUCGAGGCUACUCCUGCCACUCCUGUGGCUCAACCUGUUCCUUCUGAUGAAGACAAGAUUCCGAGCACUGAAAAGACCGUUGAGGCCGAAGAGAAGCCAACUACAGUUGCCCCAUCGGCUGGCGAUGAUGAAACGAAGCUGCCCAAGCUUCCCCAGGAUAUCUUUGAUGAGGAACAGCCUGCAGUCACUGCUGCUUCCACAACAGAUCAAGGUGAAGAGAAACCCGACGAGGAUGAGACUUCUACAUCUGCUUCUGCUGAGAAUGAAAUCGAGCCUGAAUCUGAUCGCGCAACCACUGCUGCUCCGGCUAAGGAAGAGUCUGACGAGCAGUCCACUGCAGCACCUGCCUCUGAUGAGCACAAGGAGUCCCCAGAAUCCGAAGUGCCCACAACAGUUGCUCCUGUUGAGAAGAUUCCCUCGAGCAGUAUCACUCCUGAUGAGGAACCCGCUGCCACUUCUGCUCCUGCUGCUGCCAAGCCUGACGAAGAUGUAGAGAAGGACACCGGCAUCGCAGCCUCUACAGAAAUUCCAGAAGAGGAUAAGGAACCGUCGACAGAGAAGAUGCCAUCCCAGGCCGAAGAAGAGGAGCCUGAGACUCCUGCCAAGACUCCCGAAGAGGAACUGGAGCCGGCUGGUACAACCACCUCUCCGAUUGCCGCCGAUGAGAAACCUGCUGUUCCGGAACUGCCUGGGGACAUUCUUGGUGAGAUUCCACAUUCCACAUCCACUGAGGCUGGAAUUGCAGCAGACACAACUGUUCCCAGCGAGGGUCAAAAGGAACCUGCAGAUUCAUCAAGCCCAUCUGCUGAAGUCGAUGAGGAAGCCACCACAGCCACUGCGAUCUCUGAGACGCCAACUGAAGGAGAGGCGCCAACUAAGGAGGAAACACCAACUGAUGGAGAAGAGCCAUCCGAGGCAUCCGAGAAACCCACUGAGGCACCAUCCAAGAUUGCCACUCCUGAGGCCGAGACUGAAACCCCCGUGGAGGGAUCUACAGAAGCCUCCGACGAAGUGGUGUCAUCUACUGAAUCUCAUGCUGAUGAACAGCCCGAGGAUAAGCAACCCUCAUCCACUGCCCAGGCGCCAAUUGAGAAGAUUCCAGACGCUUCCACCGAACUGCCAGAUGAGGAUGCCGACAAGGCCACCACCAUUGCUCCGGCUGCCGCCCCGUCUGACGACAAGAUUCCCUCCACUUCCGGCGAGGAGGACGAGAGUCCCGAAGUCACGACUGCCUCUCCACAGGCAACCGAAGAUGAUGAGACCAAGAAAACCGAACCAAUCUCGACCGAGAAGGUACCACAAUUUGAUGACAAGAUGCCCGAGGACGACAAGGAGGCUGAAGAGAAGCCUGAAUCUGAAACUUCAGUGCCACUUCCGACCACUUCCGCACCAGUCGCUGGCGGAGAUACCGAAAAGGAUGAGGAUGCCUCCACCGAAGCCUCUACUGAAGCCUCAUCCCAAGAGGAGGAGGAGGAGGAGAUCAAUCCCACUGAUGCACCCAAGACCAGCGAGGCGCCCGCAUUGGAUGAUCAGGAAGAUGAAGUCACCAUUAAGCCUAGCACCGAGGAGGCCGACAAGGAGCCCAGCGAUGACGCCAUAUCUGCAACUGCUGGACCCAUCGCGGGCUCCACAGCCACUCCAGCUAAGGACGAAUCUAGCAUUUCCACUGAGACGGCUGAGACAGAGAGCACCACUGCUGCCAGCCCCUCUGUGCCGUCCGUUCAACAAGAUGAAACCAAGGAUGCCACCACCGUUCCACCAGUGGCUCAGGAUGACUCCAAGACACCCAUUGAUGUGGCCACCGAUACCCCCGCCUCUCAGGAGGAGAAGGAACAAGACAGAACCGAAUCCCCAAUUGUUCCCGCAACGCCGGAAGCUGAUUCUACUGCUGCUUCUGUGGAUCUUCCUUCUGCCGAGGAAAUCGAUACCAAGCCCAUGGAUGGUGUUAUGUCGCAGACCGUUGCUCCCCAUGGCGCUGACGUCGAAUCUACUGAAGACGCUGACCAGGCGUCGGUUACUGCAGCUCCUCAGGAUGCUGAGAAGACUCCAGCCUCUGAAGCUCCCCAAGAUGCUGACAAGACUCCAAUUACUGUGUCUCCUCAGGAUGCUGACCAGACUCCAGUUACCGUGUCUCCUCAGGAUGCUGAAAAGACUACGGCCUCUGAAGCUCCUCAGGACGCUGAUAAGACCCCAGUCACAGUAUCUCCUCAAGAUGCCGAUGAGAUCCCAGCCACAUUGGUGCCUCUUGAUGGCCAAAGGACUCCUCAGGUUGAUGAUAAGACUCCUCUGGAUGAUGAAAAGACUCCAUCUACAGAUACUCCUCAGGAUGAUGAAAAGACUCCAACUACCGCAUCUUCCCAGGAUGGAAGCCCAGUCACUGGUACUACCCAAGAUGGCGACACGACUCCGUCUCCAAUUGGUCCAGUUGUUCCUGAUUUUGAGCCCAACACCAAGCCACCGCCUGCAUUCGAGGAUGUCGGCGAGGAGAGCACCGAACCUGCUGUCGACGAUGCUGAGGAUACUACCGACAAGACACCAGCUGGUGCCAAGCUGAAGCCACCCACUCCAGCUCCAUCUCUGCCAUCGGAAUCCCCAGUCACCGAGGCAGAGAUUGUCCCAGAAACCGCAGCUCCUGAGCUUGAGAAGGAUGUGCCCGAAAAGGAUAUGUCCACGGAGCAGCCUCAACCGGUUGAUGUGAAGACCACUCCCGAACCAGUCGUGAAGCCCAGCUUGGACUCCACCGAGGAGGGAGAGGAGUCCGUGGAGUCCGAGGAGGAGCACGCUCCAGUCACAGAAGCAGCUGACAAGGAGGAUGAGAGCAAGGAGACUGAGGACGAACCCGAAGUGCCCGCCGUGGUGUCCGAGAUUCCGGCGUCGACGGCUACUCCUGGUGUCCAGGAUGCCGAGCCCACCACAGUGCACCCACUCUUCGCCCACCUGCCCAGCAGUUCCACCAAGGCGCCCGGCAUUGAUGACCGCUUCGGAGAGGAGGAUGAAGAGAGCACCACAACCCGCGCCAGCACAAGCACAAGCACCGAGGCUCCAGUCACGGCUCCAUCGUCGACAGAAGCUAGCAUCAUCACGCCUCCUCCCUAUGCUCACGGUCCCGAGUACGAGGAUGAGUACGACGAGGAGGAGGUGUUCGGACCUGGUACCUGCCGUUAUGCCGGCAAACUGUACGUGUCCGCCCAGCAGAUACCACGCGACGAUCCCUGCGACUUCUGCUUCUGCUUCCGAAGCGACAUCAUCUGCCUGCAGCAAUCCUGCCCGCCACCAAUCGCCGGCUGCCACGAGGAGCCCAUUUCCGGCUUCUGCUGCCCGCGCUACGAGUGCCCCGUGUCUAUGGCCGCCGUGCUGAACAUCACCACGAGCACCACAACCACCAGCACCACCCUGCCGCCCCACUUCCUCCACUACUCGCACGGCGAGGCGGUGAAGCAUACCGGCUGCCUGAUUAGCGGCCGAUCCUACCGCGUCGGCGAGCAGAUCGAGUCCACGAGCGGACCCUGCAUUAGCUGCACUUGCGGCGGCGACGGCAAGAUGAAGUGCGAUCCCCAGCAAUGUGUGCCCGAGCCCACCAUGCAACAGGUGAUGGCCGCCGUGGUGUCGGGACGCAAGAGAUGAACCACCAGCCAUGCUCACUAAAUAUAAUUUAACUAAUUCUUAAGCACUGCAGACAACAAUCACGAACCGACGAACCAACCAGCCCAGAUUGCACCACUCGCCAACUAGCAAUAGUAAUAGGAACGACAACCACUAGAGACCCCUGCCCGCCUCCCAGAUCAGUAACCGGAACCGGAAAUCAGACUCGAAAUAGGUGCCACAAAAGCAAGAAAUAGGAAACGUACCAGGAACCACCUGCAAUUAUCAGAAUGCAAUAGUGUUAAUUUGGGUUUUGCCGACAUUCGCACUCUUUCAAUUGGAUUACGCCCACUUGUUUCGGAUUAGGUUACGGUGACGAAGCAACCAGUGAUAUUGUACUGUAUACAUAGUAUAGGUGCAAUUAAUUUAGACGCGCUCACUUAAAGGAUUACUUAUUUGUCACAAUGGAUGUGGAGAGAGUGGAGAGUGGUGGUGACCAGUGACCAGUGACCAGUACAGUACAGCGCGUGCCUUGUAAGGUCGUUCAUUGUGACCGCCCGCCCGCCGCCAUACACAAUCGCUUUCAGGAGACUCUCAGCACACGAAAAGCUAUUGAUAUAUUCCGGAACCGGGACACACGCAAUCAAUGGCGUUACGAAGCCACGGCUUUCGGCCGCCGGACCGGACCGGACUGGACACAAUUCUAUUCCUUUGUCCCAGUCCGUAUCCGAAUCCGUAUCCGUAUCCGUAUCAGUCCGGCGGCUCACUCUUCUCCAAAUGCGCUUUUAUAGUAUUUUAGUCACCUUAUUUUUACAAAACAUUAUUAUUUUUGUGUAUAAUUGUUGCUUCUAGUCUUCUUUUGUUGCAAGAGCAACGGAAUCCUCCGACUGUAACACGCGCACAACCCGAUCGAUCGAUCUAUUAUAUAUAACAUACAUAUGUAUAUGGCAUAUGGCGGUCGAUCGGCCCAGUUGAAUUGAGUUGAGUUGAGAAACUGUAUCUUCUAUAUGAACUAUUCCAAGCUUUUAUACUUUUAUAUACAAUACGUUUACGUGUACGUGUAGAGUGGAGAAACGAACGAACUAGUUUUUAUAGCAAUUUUACAAAACGAAACCGCGAAUUGCAUAGUUUUAACGGAUUGAAUUUGUACUUCGACACCCUCCUGCGGCAUUGGCACCUGCACCAUCACCUGGUGACAGGUGCCUCCGCGUAGGGGGACAGAACCGUAGUCUACAUAGAAUUUUUAGAUCAACUGAAACAACGGAAACACUAAAUACGGAACGCACACCACACACUGUCUGUCGGCGACGGCUACUGCUCGACUGACCGAAAACCGGACCGAUCGGAUCGGAGCAUCUAUAUAGAAGUUACCUUUGUAAACUAUUUUUUUUAACCACCGCCAGCUGCCGCGCUGGUGAAGGACGACACUUAACGGGGAUCCCGUCCAGGACUUUCGGUCACUUGAGCCUUAGCAAUGCGCGCCGUAAUCCGAACGAAUACGAACAUCAAUUAGAUUUAUAUAAUCUCUAAAUAUAGUUGUAGCCUAAGUAUUUAAUUUUAAAAAUAAAUAAAUAAAUUUUAAUUUAGAUCUUAUUUAUUUGAUAUGUCUUUUAAGAACAGCUCUUGUGUUUCCAUACCUUAUCAUAAUUUAUAUGCAAGCUUUUCUUUGUAAUCUAAUAAAUAAAUAC